AUGAUGUCCUCUGUGAAUGACACAGCCUCAGCCUCAUACCCUUCAGCCUUCCUUCUGCUGGGAGUCCCAGGUCUAGAAGUUUUCCAUAUCUGGAUCGCCUUCCCUUUCUUUGUUGUUUAUCUGGUAGCUCUUGUGGGGAAUCUCACGAUCUUAUGUGUGAUCAAGACUGAGCAGAGCCUUCAUCAGCCCAUGUACUACUUUCUUGCUCUUCUGUCCUUUAUCGAUCUGGGCCUCUCCACUUCCACCAUCCCCAAGAUGCUGGGCAUCUUCUGGUUCAACCUGAGGGAGAUCAGCUUUGAGGGCUGCCUCAUCCAAAUGUUCUUUAUCCACACCUACACUGGAAUGGAAUCAGUUGUGCUCCUGGCCAUGGCAAUUGACCGCUCUGUGGCCAUCUGUUACCCACUCAGAUAUACCAGUAUUCUUACCAAUAAGGUGGUGGCCAGCAUGGCCUCCUUUGUAGUGGCCAGACCAGUCCUCCUUGUGGUUCCCUUCUGUCCUCUUUUGAAACGACUGCCCUUCUGUGGACACCACAUCAUCCCUCACACCUACUGUGAACAUAUGGGCAUCGCUCGUCUGGCCUGUGCCAGCAUACGGGUCAACAUUAUCUAUGGCCUAUUCACCAUCGCAGCACUCAUCUUGGACUUAAUCCUUAUUGUGCUCUCUUAUGUUCAGAUCCUCCAAGCUGUUUUCCGCCUUCCUUCCAGGGACGCCAGGAGCAAAGCACUUAGUACAUGUGUUUCACAUGUCUGUGUCAUCUUAGCAUUUUACACCCCAGCGUUUUUCUCCUUCAUGACUCACCGUUUUGGUAGAAAUGUUCCCCGUUACAUUCACAUCCUUCUGGCCAAUUUGUAUGUGGUUGUUCCUCCGUGUUUAAAUCCAGUUAUUUAUGGGGUAAGGACCAAACAAAUUCGGGAAAGAGUUGUGAAAAUAUUUGUGAAGAAGGAUUAA